AUGGCGACGAUUUCUCCGAUACCUUUCUCUCUCUUCUUCCCUUCUUUCCACUAUCGGAAUCCAUUGGUCUACUCUCGCAGCCAUCGGCAAUCGCAGCUUUUUGUUUCGUACUUGAACUCGACGAAGAAGAACGGUUUCGUCUGUUUCGCUUGUUCCAUCAAACAAACCAGUGACAGAGUUCGUAAGAGAGUGAAGAGCAACGAGGAGCUUCGGAGUGAGAUUAUGGAGUUCGUUGCUUUGGUUGGAUUCCCUGAAGGUCACGUGCCGUCAAUGAAGGAGCUCUCGGAACAUGGAAGAGUUGAUCUUGCCAACAUUGUUAGAAGAAGAGGAUAUAAGUUCAUGAAGGAACUUCUUGCAAACUCUGAUAUGGAAGACUGUAAUGAGUUAGCUCCUGAGGAUAACACGAUCAUGGAAUCAAGUACAAGUGGUCGGGGCGAAGAAGCAGUAGAUGUGGUUGAGGGAAGUAUGUCUCUUGAUCAGGAAAUAAAUAAUUUUAGAGAAGAAAGUGAUAUCGCAAAUUCAAGUCCUGAGGCUGAAGAACAUGGAAGUGUGUGUAAAGAUGAAUCUUUAAUGGCUGGAGUAUCACAGAACACGCUUUCUAAUUUGGGUGACAGUAACCAUUCAGGAGAAAUCACAGAAAAAACUUUGAAGAUUGUGAGCGUGGAGCUCGAUAAUAGAGCUGACAUUGUAAACUCAUCUUCCCAAGCAUCAAUAUCUGCAAACCAUUCUCUACUUUUGGAUGAUACUUCAAGCUGUUCAGAGAGAGAAGCCGACAAUGUUUUGGUGACAGAGGAUGAAGAAGAAGAUUUGUCUCUUACAUCUGGUCAUUACACUAGUCCAGAUCUAUCUCUCACAUAUGAUCAUUACACCAGUCCAGAUCUCAAUUACACCAACCAUGUUUCUGGCUUCACCUCAGAGAAGACCAUGACAAAUGAAGAGAAUUUUCAGGAUCAGCAGAUUGAUGAUAUUGCUGGAAAUCUUUCUGGUAGUGUUGAUGAUAGUUUAGUUGAGUCUGAUGAUAAGAAUUGGAGGUUAGGACUUUCUUCUUCCACUUCAAGCAUAGAAGAAAAAACAACCAGAUUUAUUCAGAAUGGGUACUUGGAUACAGUUGAUGAUGAUGAACAUGACAUACCGAAUGUAAGCUGUCCUGAAGAAACCACAGAAAGUGCAGAAACAACCAAAGGUGGUGAGUACAUAGGAGACAGUCAUGGUACUCAGAGAAGUGCGAGUACGGCGCCAAAUGGAAGUGCCGUAGCAUUGGAGAAGAUUACCUAUGCUACAGAAGUUAAUAGCUCUAACGGGAACAGUGAUCAGAGAGAUGGGAAUGCUGACCUGGACAAGGAUUCACAUGAUGAGACUAUGAAACGGGAAAAUCAGGUUGAAAUUACUCGGCUGAGUUUCAUGCUGCGUCAAAAGGAACAGGAGCUGUCAAGGUUGAAGGAGCAGAUUGAAAAGGAAAAGCUGUCUCUUUCAGUUCUUCAAAGAAAAGCUGAAACAGAGAUCCAAAAGGCCCAAAUGCUUAUCUCAGAGAAGGAUGUUGAAUUGCAAGAAGCUGAGGAAAGUCUUUUAGGACUACAAGAGGUUGAGAUUGAAUAUUGUGGAGAUGGUAAUGUUGUGGAGGUCACUGGCAGCUUCAAUGGCUGGGAACACCGAGUGGGACUUGAACUUCAAGCAUCCAAGUCAACCGGGAAACGGAAAUGCUGGUCAACAUUACUGUGGUUAUAUCCUGGUACGUACGAGAUAAAGUUCAUCGUAGACGGUCAAUGGACAACGGAUCCUCAAAGAGAUUCGGUUACUAGAGGACACAUCACAAACAACAUUCUCAAAGUAGACAGAUGA